UUAACCAUCUGAAAUCUUCUUCAAUCUAUCGUUCUUAAAAAAGAAAAAAAGAGAAACUUUUAAUUACGUUCUCGUUAAUCGACGACAACAUUUCUGGAACAAUCGACUGUUUUGUUCCACUGUUUGCUUUCUCAGUUCCUCUGACAGAUCCCCAGAAACCCUAGCUCCGGCUUUGAGUUCUUCAGCGUUUUCAAGCUCUACGUCAUCUGCAAACCACCUCAUCUCCAUCCAAAAUCUCUAUCCAUUUGAAGUUUCACAGAUGACGCUUUUAGAAAAGUGAAAAUGGUACAGAUCUGCACUAUUAAACAAACUGUAGCGGGAAUUAUGGACGAAGAUUGUACAACAAAUUCAUUGAACCAAGGAGUUGAAAAUUUAUUGGCUUCCCCAGGUUUUAUUUCUCGACGAUCCUUCAGGCUGAGGAGGGUGGAGCAAAAUGCAAAUGAUGAUUCAAUUAAAACAAAGAAAACUGGAAAAGGGACUUUGUCCGGGACAAGUGAUGGUGAAAUGAUGGCGGCAGCUUGUAGACAGAGACCAUGGAUACUAUUUGACCAAAACAAGGAGGAUUCUUUGGAGUUUGAACCUAUGGAGCAUGAUGUGAACAUCCCUCCACAAUCUGACCUUCCAAAAGGGGUAGCUCAUGGAUGUCCAGAAUGCAGUAACUGUCAGAAGGUCACUGCAAGGUGGCGUCCAGAUGAUGCAAGAUCAGAUAUUCUUGAAGAGGCUGCUGUUUUUUAUCCAACAGAGGAGGAAUUUGCAGAUACACUUCAUUAUAUAGAAAGAAUACGUUCAAGAGCAGAGUCAUGUGGAAUCUGCCGCAUAGUUCCUCCUCCAUCAUGGUUGCCUCCAUGUCUUUUGAAGGAAAAGGAAAUUUGGGAAAAUUCUCCUUUCUUAGCCCACUAUCAGCGGAUUGAUGGGUUUCAAAAGACUUGUGCACGUGAUCAAUUUUCUAACCAUAGUGGAGACGUGAAGAAUAAGAGGAGAAGGUUAGAGUAUGAGUAUGGUAAUAGAUGUUUGAUGGAUCCCGAUGAAAGUUGUGGUAGUGAUAAGAAAGGCCCAAACUCAGAACUUGGUCGAGAGUUUACUCUAAAAGCUUUUAAAAGUUAUGCAGAUGACUUUAAAUCCCAGUAUUUCAGCAGUGGAAAUAAGGUCACAAAUACAGAAACAAAGUCAUCCAUGCUUCAAGAGCAGUGGGAACCUUUGGUGGAUCAAGUAGAGGGUGAAUAUAGACGCAUUCUUGAGAAUCCAACCGAACAAAUUGAGGUGCUAUGCGGUGAUAGUUUGGGUACCCUUUCACUGGGCAGCGGAUUUCCAUCUUCAUCCAGUCUUUGGACUGAAACUGGUCAUGUUGAUCAUAUGGACUCUGGAUGGAACUUAAAUAAUUUACCUAGACUACCUGGUUCACUUCUUUCUUUGGAUAGCUUCAGGACAUGUUCUAUUUUGUUGCCCCAAGUGUGCGUGGGAAUGUGUUUUUCUACAGCUUGUUGGCGAGUUGAAGAACACCACUUACCUUUGUUAUGUUACUUGCACUUGGGAGCUCCUAAAAUAUGGUAUGGCAUUCCAGGAAGAUACAUUGAUAAAUUUGACGUAGCCAUGAAGAGCCUUCCAGAAUUUUUUGUGGAACAGAAAAGGUCUCAUAGAGGAAUGGUCAGUCAACCAUCAAUUGCCACAUUGAAGAGAGAAGGCAUACCAAUUUACCGUUGCAUUCAAAAUCCAGGAGAGUUUGUUCUCGUCUUUCCAGGAGCAUGUCAUUCGGGGUUUAACUGUGGGUUUAGUGUUACCGAGGAAGCAAAUUUUGCUCCUCUUGACUGGUUGCCUCACGGUUAUAUUUCUACGGAGCGGUACUCUGUAGAGAGAAGGAAGACGUUGAUAUCCUUCGAUAGGCUGUUGCUUGGAGCAGCCAUUGAAGCUGUGAAGGCACAAUGGGAACUCUCAUUAUGUAGGAAGGAGGAAACUAAAGAUAAUUUACGAUGGAAAAAUGCCUGUGGAAAGCAUGGGAUAUUAGCCCAGACAAUCAAGUCUCGCAUCAGAAGUGAAAGUCUCAGGAGGGAGUAUCUGACAACCGCUUCACAGACGCGAGAAGUAACUGAAAGUUCUGAUGCCGUCAGGAAGUACAAAUGCAGCAUUUGCCUAUGUGAUUUACACUUGUCUGCAGCUGGUUGUUCAUGUUCUGCUGAUAGGUACUCUUGUUUGAUUCACGCUAAGCAACUCUGUUCUUGUGCUUGGAGCAACAAAUUCUUUGUCGUGCGGUACAAAAUGGACAACUUAAAUCUUCUUCUUGAGGCUUUGGAAGGAAAAUUAAGUGCAGUCUACAAAUGGGCCAAAGAGAAUCUUGGACUGGCUGUGCAUUCUUACAAGAAUAGUUCAUUGCAAUCUCAGCCUGCUGAUACACCCCAAUCUUCAGAAGGGCAUCAAUCUGAGGAUGCAGGAUCUUCGAAUGCCGUUAAUAACUCGAUCAAUAGAAUUAAGGCAGAGAUAAAGGCGCGUCUUCUCCAAGCGAAAACCUUGAAGAAUAUGAAAGGAAGUGGAGGGGUAACAGAAUCCGUGGAUGCAGUUAAAGACAAUGGUAUUGUUACGAAUACGGAUUCGAGAAUUUCAGCAGAAAAAACUGCAUCGAAGCUACAGCCAGUGUGUUCGAAUGAGCUCAAAGGAAAAGAGCGUACGUCAACCCAAGCAGUAGUUUUAAAUGGAAGAGGAGAUGAUUUAAUCUUUUCACUCAAUUUGGAGUCUUCUGAAAUUUUACCUGAGAGCUCGGUCUCAAGCUCCUUGGAAUCCGACAAUGACUGGUCAGAUUCUAGUUUUUAAAUGAAUGAAAAAGGACAAUGUUCCACGGUAGAUAGUUGAGCUAGAUUGUAGAACGGCAAUGAUUUUCGGUUGGGGCGACAUUGAAGGUGCAGAAUAGGGCAUAAAUUUUUCAUUUUUAAAUGCAUAAAAAAUUAAGCGAUUCUUGUGUACUCGGGGAGAGAAUUUAUCAACACAUGCUGUCUGGUUUAACAAUUAAUUUCGUUUGCAAUUCUAUAAAGAAAUAGGUUUUUUUAGUUUCUAAA